GUAUUUUGCGGCGCGACAAAUGCUGCUCGAGUUGAAAUAUUUCAACUUUUCGGCAGCAAACGCGUGAUGACAGCCAAUCAGCGUUCAACAGCGUUGCCACUGAGUGACAUGCCGUAACAGCCAAUCAGUGUUACUCCCUUGGAGUGACCUAGAGUUCACUACCUGAUCCAGAUCAAACCGCUAAAAUGGAGGAAAAGCUCAUCAUUUCAGUCUCCGCAUUCCCGGAGAUCUUCAACACCACCCUGGCCAGUUAUAAGGACCGGACGGUCAAGACCAAGGCUUGGCUGAAGGUGAGCGAGGAGGUCGGGCUAACUGAGGAGGAAUGCCGACGAAAGUGGAAGGUCCUGAGGGACGCCUACCUCAGGGAGAGACGCAGGCAGGAGGCAGGAAAGAGGAGUGGGUCAGCAGGCCCGUUGAAGACGUGGAAGUACUCUGCAAUCCUCUCUUUCCUUGGCCCAUUUGUUACUCCGAGGGAGACCAGUAGCAAUAUGGUGCUGGGGGUCGAGGUAGACGGGAUUGCAGAGUACCCAGUCGAGGACCACGGUUCAGAGGCAGCAGCAGGGACAGCGAGUGACCAAGGAGAUCUAAGCUGUGAGGAGCCGGAGGCUGCUGCCGCUGCCUCUGAACCCAUUCCACCACCACCACCAACUGCUGCCGUCACGACUCCUCCUAUUGCCCCAGCGAGGACACAAAACCGAAGGAGAGAGAGGGAGACGGAGACGGAGAUCGAGAGGUUACUCCUGGAGGUGCUGAGGAGGCAGACCGCACCUGUGCCUCUCAUCCUCUCUGAGGAUGUGCACUUUUUUAAAGGGAUACUUCCUUCCCUGCAACGAUUGCCACCCCAUGCAAAGGAACAAGUCAAAUUCCAAAUUCAUAUAAAUUAUUGCACGAUGCCAACUGUUGUCAUAAUCCAGUACAGUUUAAUUCGAUCAAUCAAUUUGGACCAGUCGAUGAAUAGGUUCUGGGGUGACAAUGGUUGCAGGGAAUGAUCCAUGCCCAUUUUGUUUUGUUUUUUUUGUUUACACACACACACACACUCCAAUAAAUUA